AUGGACAAAGAUGACCGGAAAUUAUACUCCAGCAUCGAGCAUCCAGUUUUAGUUUGGUGGUCAUCAUUCACAAGUGAUAAAGGUUCUUUAAGGCAGUGUGGCCCAAACAGAUGUUUUGUCACUAUUAAACGAAAAUUUAAACAUCAUGCCAAACUCAAAGCAUUUUUAUUUUACGGAACUCACCUGAAAUUAGGAAAUUUACCAUUACCAAAACUACACGACUGGGCUUUAUUCCACGAAGAAUCUCCCAAAAAUAAUAGGUUCAUCUUCUCGAAUGAAGAAUUCUUGUCUAUGUUUAACUACACCAGUACUUUCAGAAGAGAAUCAGACAUGCCUUUAACUACCUUUCAUUUGCAUUCGUUGGACUCUAUAACGAGUACUAAAUUCUUCAAAGCCACCGAAAUAAAGAAUGAAAUGUUAUCGUCGGGCAAACUCUCCUUGGUAGCCUACAUCCACAGUGACUGCGACGUUCCUUCGGAUCGAGACAACUUGAUGCUUAUGAUACAAAACUACAUUCAAGUAGAUUCUUAUGGCACUUGCCUGCACAACAAGGAGCUCCCAGAAAGACUUUCAGAUCCCAUGCGGAUGAACGAUGAUGCUUUCUUUGAAAUUCUGAGUUACUACAAAUUUGUCUUUGCUACUGAAAAUGUUCUCUGCAGCGAUUACACGACUGAAAAAUUCUGGAGAGCCAUUGAAGUUGGUUCUGUUCCCAUAGUGCUUGGAUCCGAUAGAAUUAAAGAUUUAAUGCCACAUAACAAAGCGGCCAUUCUUGUGAAAGAUUACGAAACGGUGAAACAAUUGGCUGAUCACCUAAUUUACCUUAGCGAUAACGACGAUGAAUAUGAGAAAUAUUUAAUCCACAAAACGCAAUCAAAAAUCACGAACAGCCAUCUGGUUCAAGAAAUGAUGGACCGAUCCUGGCAUAACGACAAAUCAGGACAUUCCAAUUACUCCAGUGAAUUUGAGUGCAUGGUUUGCAACAGAAUACAUGAAAAUAUAAAAUUUAAUAAUUAUGUUAAGCGUGUUGCUGACAAGUCUCACUACGGCUGCCCGAGACCAACCAAAUUUUCCAAUGAGCCUGCUGGUAACCUAACCAUGAUCCCUUCUGAUUCAACGUGGGCUUUGGCCUUUGACGAGAGUGCGAGAAUUGCAAAAGCUUUUCAAAAUCUUUUAUCGUUAAACAGGACACUAACUAGACAAGAAAUUAUUGCGAAAAGUUAUGAUUAUUAUUAA